GUUACGGAUCCGGGUCUGACCCUGGCUAUCACCAGAGGGUCUGUGAUCGGCAGUGAGUUCAGGGACUACUGGCUCCCCGCCCAUCUCCACCUCUUUCUCUCACCUGCGCUCUCUCUCUCUCUCUCCCUCAGACACACACAGUCCCCUCCCCCAAAAGCAAUUUUCUCGGCACCUUCCCGGGCCAGGGUCAAAGCAUUCGCGGCGUUCUAACCCUGUAUCUCCUUCAAAAUAUUGUUUUUCACUGUUUUCCCUGUCAAAGUCUUGAUAAAACAUAGUUACUAGUGAUUCUUCGCUGACAAUUCCAGUGAAAUCUGUCAGUCAGUGAUUGAACUGAACGUGUUUACCAGCGCAGUCACAUUGUAACUGAAAGUCGUUUGAAUCAGGAAGUCCUGAAGGUGGACAUGGCUUCCAGACAGCGGCUCCUGAGACUGACCGAGGAGACUAUUUGUCCCAUUUGUCUGGAUUUCUUCACCGAUCCGGUUACACUGGAAUGUGGACACAACUUCUGCCGCUCCUGUAUCACCCAGAGUUGGAAAAACAUGAGGGUAAACUCCUGCCCGCAAUGUCGAGAGAGGUUUCCAGAAAGAAACCUCAGGGUAAAUCGGGCCUUAGCGAAUCUGACCGAGGAGACUCGAAAUUUAAAACUGGAUCCGAAAGAGAAGGAACCUCACUGUGAGAAACAUCAGGAAGAACUGAAGCUGUUUUGUGAAACUGACAGGAAAUUGAUCUGUCUGAUUUGUAGAGAUUCGCGGGAACACAGAGAGCACCGCUUCCUGCCGAUCGAUGAGGCUGUUGAGUCUUACAAGGAUCAGCUGAAAUCUUCCUUAGAUUCUCUCACAGAGAAGAAAUCGGCGGUUCUCCAAACUGAACUGACCCAGAAACGGAAGAUUUCCGAAGUGAGGGAACAGGCGAGCAGUCUGCAGACCCACAUCACAUCCGAGUUCACUAAAAUGCACCGGAUUCUCAUUGAGAAAGAGCAGCGUUUACUCAGAGAUCUCAGGGAAGAAGAGGAGAGGAUUGUAGAACCAAUGGAGAAAAACCUUCGAGAGAUUCAGGAGAAUUUAAAUUCUAUUGAGGAGGAACUCUCAAAGUUACAGAACCAGAUGGAGCAAACAGACGAGCUGAUAUUUCUGAAGGAGGAAGCUUGUCGGAAGAGAAGGGUUAGUGGUGAGCGGAAUAAUCUCUCAGCUACUGGUGCCUCUCUGUCUCUCAGGCAGUUCACUGGCCCUUUACAGUACAUAGUCUGGAAAGAAAUGGUACACACCAUUCACCCAGCUCCAGCCUCUCUGACUCUGGAUCCAAUCACAGCAAAUCCUUGGCUCAUCCUGUCUGAGGACCGGACCAGUGUGACAGUCGGAGACAAACGGCAGUCGCUCCAUGACGCCCCAGAGAGAUUUGAUUCCUGGCAUUGUGUCCUGGCAUCAGAGGGAUUCACAUCAGGGAGACAUUACUGGGAGGUGGAGGUGGGGGAGAAGAGCUCAUGGAUUCUGGGAAUGGCGCGAGAGUCUGUGAAGAGGAAAGGGUGGAUCAAACUGAACACAGAGACUGGAUUCUGGAUUGUGAGGCUAUAUCCUGGAAGAGGUUAUUUUGCUGCCACCUCCCCCUCACUGCCCCCCCUCUCCCUGAAUGUGAAUCCCCAGAAGAUUGGGGUUUUCCUGGACUAUGAGGGUGGACAGGUGUCAUUUUACAAUGCGGACACCAUGUCCCAUUUCCACACUUUCACCCACACUUUCACUGAGAGGCUGUUUCCUUUCUUCCAUCCAGGACGGGAUGAUGACGGGAAAAACUCCGCCCCGCUGACAAUCUGCGCGAUUAAAGAGCACUGACAGAUCCAUCCCAUAAUUUCAUCCCGUCCCCCUGCCUCCUGCCAGCUGUAAACUGAUGGGGGUCGGUCUCAGUCACAGGUGGAGAGAGAAGCCAGGUUAACAUUCCAGGAAUAAACCCUGUAUCGAACCUGGAACUGAAAGGUCAGUAAGGAGCUGUGUAGGACUGGGUGAAAGAAGGAGGAGGAGAGCAGAAACAAAUAGAAGCUCAAUUGUAGAGAGGGACUGACUGGGUAGAAUGAGCUGUGAGCUGCAGGAACCGGGGACCUUCCUGCCUGUAAUGUUGUUCCACAGGCGGGAGGUGGCGCUACAUGACGGUGAUGGAGAUGAAUCAGUCAGUGGGUCUCAGACUGGGCUCAGGGGAAUCUUUCCAGAGAGACACCAAAUCAUUUCACUACAUGGUCAAUGGAGUCUUCCCAGGGGGACUGGGCUCAAUUAAAAUUAAAAUAUCAGACUGGAUGUCUUUGGACUCUCACCAUGUGUCAGUAAUAUAAAUCCCACACAUGAUGUAAUAACUUUGAGAAACUGGUCUUGUUUUGCUCAGGUUUGUAACUAUUGCCCAGAAUG